AUGAGUUGCCAACCUUUUACUUCGACUGAUACCUUUAUACCUCUGAAUUCUGAGUCUUCUGCAACUCUGCCUCUGAUAAUGCAUCCCAGUGCUGCGGAGUGCCUACCGGUCUCCAACCACGCCACCAACGUGAUGUCCACAGUCCCGUCUAUUUUGUCUUUGAUCCAAACUCCUAAAUGUCUGUGCACAUGUUUUGUGGUGACAACACUGGGAAACACAGCGACAGGACUUCAUUAUUCUGUUCCUUCCUGUCAUUAUGGAAACCAGUCAUCGACCUAUGGCGUGAUGGCAGGGAGCUUAACCCCUUGUCUUUACAAGUUUCCUGACCACACGUUGAGCCAUGGGUUUCCUCCCAUGCAUCAGCCUCUCCUUUCAGAGGACCCCACUGCCGCUGAUUUCAAGCAGGAGCUCAGGCGGAAAAGCAAAUUGGUUGAAGAGCCAAUAGACAUGGAUUCUCCAGAAAUCCGAGAACUUGAGAAGUUUGCCAAUGAGUUUAAAGUGAGAAGAAUUAAGCUAGGAUACACCCAAACAAAUGUUGGGGAAGCUCUGGCAGCUGUGCACGGCUCGGAAUUCAGUCAAACAACGAUCUGCCGAUUUGAAAACCUGCAGCUCAGCUUCAAAAAUGCAUGCAAACUAAAAGCGAUAUUGUCCAAAUGGCUAGAGGAAGCCGAGCAAGUAGGAGCUUUAUACAAUGAGAAAGUUGGUGCAAAUGAAAGAAAAAGGAAACGGAGAACAACUAUCAGUAUUGCAGCUAAAGACGCCCUGGAGAGACACUUUGGAGAACAGAAUAAGCCUUCCUCUCAGGAGAUCCUGCGGAUGGCUGAAGAACUGAACCUGGAGAAAGAAGUGGUGAGGGUUUGGUUUUGUAACCGAAGGCAGAGAGAAAAACGGGUGAAAACAAGCCUGAAUCAGAGUUUAUUUACUAUUUCUAAGGAGCAUCUUGAAUGCAGAUAG